ACAAAAAAGACACCCCAAAGAUCAUUUUCACUUGAUAUGGCGAUACGUGGAGGAGACGACGGAGAAAGAGCCGGUGACGAUCGUUCCCUCAAGAGAAAACGAAUUCCUUCUCAAGUUGAAGAAAGCGAAGAUGUUACUGCAACGAGAAUGGCGACUAUUGGUGGUAAUGAUUUCGAGGAUGUGAUCACAGAGGCACAAUCGGGAACUCCAAAAUCUUCUCAAUCGUUGAAGCUACAGAGUUCAGAUGUUCUUGAUUGUCCUAUUUGUUACGAGCCGCUCAAGAGACCAAUCUAUCAGUGUAAUAACGGGCAUUUAGCUUGUUCAUCGUGCUGCAAGAAAAUGAACAAGAGAUGCUCGUUCUGUCAAUCGCCUAUCGGGGAUAUACGAUGCAGAGCAAUGGAGAAGGUUAUUGAAUCGACUAAAGUUUCAUGUCUAUAUGCGAAAUACGGGUGUAAAGAAACCACCGUGUAUGGAAUUGAAUCAACAAGCCAUGAGAAGCUUUGUUUUUUCGCCCCAUGUUCUUGCCCUGUACUAUACUGCAACUAUGUUGGCUCUUACACGGAUCUCAAAAGCCAUGCUCGUGCCAUGCACUCUUGGGAUCAGGAUGAUCUCAUCAUGUUUGUGUUUGAUCGUCCUUUAAUCUUUAGCAUGGACCUUGGUAAGAAGAAGAUGGUCGUUUUUCAGGAAAGGAAAGACGGUGAUUUGAUUGUUGUUCAGGCUUUCAAAGGACCCGAGGGCGUGUCAGUGACUGUGAGCUGUAUUGCACCUAUGGCUUCGGAAGUAUGCAAUCUCUCAUGUAGUCUAGCCAAACUCAACCAGUACACUACACUAAGACUUGGAUUAAUGGUGAAGAAAAUUCAGAAAGUGAGUGAGCAAAUGGAAUUUGAAGAUGGUUUCAUGUUCAUUCCGUCUUAUAUGGUUAGUGGUGAUCACUUGAAGAUGCAGAUUUGUAUCGGCAGGUUGAAAAAACACCCCAUUAGAUCAUCAGCAGUCCUAGUCAGUGAAAAACUCAUCGGAGGAGAUUUAGAGAUGGCGAUAUCUGGAGAAGACGACGGACGUAGAGGAGCCUUCGACGAUCGUCUCUCGAAGAGGCAACGACUUCCUCCUCUCGAUGAAUCUGAAGAGGAAUUAGACGAAGACUUGUUCGAAGAUUCAAGUACUUUAGACGGAUACGAAGAUGGAGAAUUCGAAGAAGAAGAAGAAGAAUUAGAAGAAGAAGAAGAAGAAGAAGAAGAAGAAGAAGAAGAAGAAGAAGAUGUUACUGGAAUGGCGACAAUUGGUAACGAUGUCGAAGAUCUGGUAACGAAUGAACAAUCUGGAAGUCCUAAAUCAUCCCAAUCGGUGAAGCUACAGAGCUCAGAUGUUCUCGAUUGUCCUACUUGUUGUGAGCCACUCAAGAGACCAAUCUAUCAGUGUAGUAAUGGGCAUCUAUCUUGUUCGUCGUGCUGCAAAAAAUUGAACAAGAGAUGCUCGUUCUGUAGAUGUAACAUCGGGGAUAUACGAUGCAGAGCAAUGGAGAAGGUUAUUGAAUCAUCUAUAGUCCCUUGUCCAAAUGCGAAAUACGGGUGUAAAGAAACAACCACGUAUUGUAAUCAAUCUAGCCAUGAGAAGGUUUGUGUUUUCGCCCGUUGUUCUUGCCCUGUACCAAACUGCAAUUACGUUGGGUCAUACGCGAAUCUCAAAAGACAUGCUUGUAGUACUGCACACGCUUGGGAUGAGGAUGACUUCCUCAUCCCGUUUGUGUUUGACUGUCCUACAAUCUUUACCAUGAACCUUGGUAGGAAGAAGAUUGUUGUUUUUAAGGAUGAGAAAGAGGGUGAUUUGAUUGUAGUUAAGGCUUUCAAGGGAUCGGAAGGCGUGUAUGUGACUGUAAACCGUAUUGCACAUAUAGCUCCGGGAAUACCGGAAUUCUCAUGUAGUUUGGCUAAACUCAACCAGUAUAGCACAGUAAGGAUUGGAACAAUGGUGAAGAAAAUUCAGAAAGUGAGAGAGCAAAGGCAUCCUGAAGAUGACGUGAUGUGGAUUCCGCCUAAAAUGUUGAGCGGCGAGCACUGGAAGAUGCAGAUUUGCAUUGGCUAUGGGUAUAAAUAUAUUCACAUUUGAGAAGAUGUGAACUGUCCUCUCAUCACUUUGCUCAAUUUUUACAAGUUAUUAGGUCGUUUGAUCAUAAGCCUUCUCUAACGUUGAGCUUUUGCUUCUUUUUCAUGCACCACAUUGAGAUCUUGAUGCUGGCAUGUGUGUUCUUUUGUAGUGUUGAUUGUUGGGAAUUUGAAUUUCAGAUUAUGUAAAAGUAAAACUCCUUAAACACU